GGAACCAAAGUAUGUACUGAGCCGCUCUCCACCGGAACGUUAUAGAUGGUGGACGGCAGCGAUGGAAAGAUGGCGGCGGCCGUGGUACAAAUGUCAUGUUUGUACCGGGGUAUGUUGGCGGUCAGGGCCACCGGCAUCAGGACAAUGAUCCCGGGACUCGUACCGGCGCAGUUUCGAGCCUUCUCGGUGCGGAAAGAUCCGGAUCUGGAGGAGAACCCGUACUACAACAAAUAUCAGGACAAGAUCCAGAAGCUGCGCAGGUCAGAAAGCUAACUCGGCUAACGGCUGCACCAGUCUUCAGCUGAGAAUGAGCAACUUUUGAUAUAACUUUAUUUUUUAGAGUUAUGUGCACUUAACAGAACGAGUCAAGUUAUUUAAUUCAAAGUUUGUGAUCUUAACUAUAAUUCGGCUUAAAUUCUAAAUGUUAAAAACGUUUCCAUGUUUAAUUAUUUUGAUAUUUCUAUCCAAAAUAUUAAUUGAAGUGAGAAACAGCAGGACUUCAUUGAAAUGAAUAGAAACUGCAGGAGUCCAGAGAUGUUUUAAUGAUGAUAGUAACCGAUACAGAAGUGAACUCAAACUGAUUUGAUAUUUUAAAAAAAUCUGUAUAUGUUCACUCAAGCACUUUAUAUUACAUCAGAUGUUAGAAACCAGCCCUGGUAUUUAUUUAUUUAUAUGUUAUUUAUGUCCUUUCUUUGCAGCUCCAAACCGCAGGAGUACAAGGCUCGGCUGGAGAAACGACAUGAAGUGAAGACUGAAGUCCUGGGACAUUCAAAGCAGGCGGAGUUUGUCAAACUCAUGGAGAAGGAGGUAUUAGCUGGGGUCAACAUGGGGUAGAAAAUAGGUGGAAAUAUUAAACUUAUGAUCGAUAGAUUGGGUGUAUUUUCAUCAUGUUCUUGUGGCAGCAGUGUGGUUCAGUUUGGUGUGUUUUUCUUGCUCAUUCUCGAAGUUGGAGGAGAGAGACAAGAAAGCUGCGAGUGAAGGAGCAUCAGGAGGAUUCACAAAGAACAAGGUGAGAUGGACUGAGGUUUUUUUCUACCUGUAUAUUUAUCAUCAUCUGUGUUUAUGUUGAGGUUUUGUUUUUGAGUAAAUGAAAAUAUAUAGAGGCUCUAAAUCAUUUUGCCUUUUACCUUCACUUGAUCUGUUUUUAACUGAAUUUCAAAUAGACGUCUGACAUCUCAUUCUAAGUUUCUUUAGUUUUAAAUAAAAACAGAUGUAUUGUAAUGAUAAUGGUGUAGAAGUUUACUGUAAUGUGUCGUGUAGACGCUGGACUCCAUCCUCAACUUGGAGAUGAUCAAAGACAAGACGGGCGAGGAAAUCACAGAGGUGAGCGCCUCAGUGUGGCGUCAAUUAAAACUGACAAUAAUCACAAAUUUAACUCUUUAAGUGUUUGAUCUGUUUGAAGCUUUAGCUUGUUUUGAUUUUUGUUCUGCUCUCUUAGAUUUGGAUGAAAUUUUAUUCGACUAAAGACACGAUCAGCGCUGCCAUCCCGGUGAGUUCAACACCAGCCUUUAGUUCUUGUUCUCAGGGUUUGCAGAAAAGUUUAGAUAUUCAGCAAAUUCUGUUCAGUCUCUGUAACACUGAGAGCAGUCACUCAGUGAAGCUUGUUAACUAGUAUUGACAGUUUUAUAGAUCCGACAGUGAAGAAUAAAGUGAUUUGCAUAUUUGUAAGAGUCUAAUAGCCUGUCUUCCUUCAUACUGCAGGCCCAGAUCUAUGAGGUGAUUUUCAACAGGUCGAAGUCCUGUCAGAUGGUAAGAUCACUAACUCUGAAACAUGUCAAGGAAAAACAGCUGAAAUGAUCAAUAACAGACGAACAACUAAGAUCAUGUUUCUCCUCUCAUGUCUCCUCCUCAGUUCCUCUACGCUCUUCCUCAGAAGGAGGGUUACGAGUUCUUCUUGGGUCAGUGGUCCGGACACGAGCUCCACUUCACCUCCCUCAUUAAUGUCCAGGUAAACCACACGCCUCCUUCACACGCUGCCAGGAAAAUCUGAUACUUCUGUCAUGUGGGGGUGGGUCUGAGAUGAAAACAACAAACAUGUCAACCAGCAGAGGCAAAAAGUUUAAAGCUGCUUUCAUAACUCCUCUUCUUGUGUUGAUUAAACCCCAAAAACAAACUCUUAGAAGUCUCCUCUCUUCCUGAUAACAUUUUUAAAACCUUUGAAUGGUUCUUAUAUUAAUCUACACUUUAAAGAGCUAAAAUUUGGUCAUUUCUGGGUUACUGGGUUAAAUUUCUGCUCACCAGGGUUUGCUCAGUUUCCUUGAACAGACUUAAGAGUCGCUCCUCGUGAUGAACUGUGCUGUUUUCUAAGAAUUUCCCUUAAAGCCGAGGCUGAAUCUUUGUAAAGAUAAAAGUUAUUCACAAAGUAUUUUAACCUUUCAGAGAAAAAUUUUAAAAACUGUGAGGAGGAUUAGGAGGAUUUUGAAGAGGCUUAAGAGUUUCUCAAACUGGGGAGGAAAUGGCAGAAAGACAGAGAAAGAGGAGAAACUCACUUUUACAAACCAGUGAAACAACCCGAGACAAGAAGAGCAAACGUGGGUUGGUUGUAGAAAAAUGAUCUUGUGAUCUUGUUCCCACGACAGGAGAGUAAAACAAGCUAAUAAUUAAAGACAUGAACAAACUAAAAGAGCAGAAACAUCAGAAAAUGACAAACACUGAUAUCUCUGUGUGUCUCAGAGAGUGAGAGCAGAUCACAUCCUGGUUUGAUGCUAUAAUGGAAAGAAACAGCAGACCUGUGUGUGAUUUCUAACUUUUUUGAGCUGUGUUGAUUUUGGCGCCCCCUGUGGACCCUCACAUUUUCACUGAUUUGGUCCUUGUAAAGUGGAGUUCAUUGACAAACUUUGUUGGUGUUCAGAUGCUCGGCGAAAACGCUCCCAGUCAGCUGAUCCUCUAUCACUACCCCGACCUGAAGGAGGAGAAAGGCGUCGUCCUCAUGACGGCAGAGAUGGACCCAAAGUUCAUCGUAAGUUCUGCACCUGUGCUCUGAACCUGAUCAGACUCGCCUCAAAGUGGGAUCAACACUGUUACUGUCUGUCCCUCCUCUCCACAGACCGUCCACCAGGCUCAGUGUUUGGCCAAUCAGGUGCAGCUCUUCUACGGCACGCAGAGGCAGGAGACGUUCCGGUUGGUGGAGACGUUUAACCACCACCCCGCAGAGUUCAAACACAUGUCGGUGAUCGCAGAGCUGGAGCAGAGCGGUUUGGGCCCGACGGUCGCUCCUAAAGGAUCGUAGUGAGACUCCUCUUCUGUCAGGAGAUCCAGAAACUGUGAAAAACCACCACCUGAUGUUCAAACUGUAAAUACUGUUUCAUUCAGGACAAAGUAUCUACAGGAGCAUUUGAAGCUCCUCUUCAGCUCCAUCAUGGACCCUGACACUCAUAUUUUUGUUGUACAUAAAUUGGUCACUUCAAUCUUCCAUCAGUGAAUCUCUCUGUAUCCCUCAUUCCCUCCAGAAGGACUUUGUAGACAUCCCCGAGAACUCAUGUGAUUUUCAUUAAACCAUCUACAGACAGCCAAACCUUUGAAACUCA